UCCCAACAGCCCUGUUCUGAAUUUGGCGGCCAUGUCCUGUCUCCUGGAGGGCCUCAGGAGGGCCUUUAAAAAAGCUCAGUUUCUGGGCAUCUCGGUUAAGUGGACCUUCCAGGAAAUCUUCCCUCCAAAGUACCUUCAUUACGACCCUGCAACGGCUCGUCAGCUGACGUGUAACCAGUGCCCUCCGGGGACUUUCGUGAAACGGCACUGUUCAGCCAGCAGACAGACCCUGUGUGCCCCUUGUCCGGAGAGCCACUACGCAGGCGAAUGGCAUUCUGACGAGGAGUGCCAGUAUUGCAAUACCGUCUGCAAAGAGCUCCAGUACGUGAGACAAGAAUGUAACAGCACCCACAACCGCCUGUGCGAGUGCGUGAAAGGACGCUACCUUGACCUAGAGUUUUGUCUCCGCCACACCGUCUGUGCUCCUGGAUUUGGGGCUGUCCGACCAGGGACCCCAGAGAGCAAUACCGUUUGCCAGAGAUGUCCGGAUGGAUUUUUUUCCAACGAAUCUUCGUCCCAAGCCCCAUGUCGAAAGCAUCGCAAUUGCGCAGCGCUCGGUCUGCAGACGAUAUCGAGGGGAAAUGCGAGCCACGACAGUGUGUGUGCUGGAGAUGCAGAGCAAACCCUAAAAUGCGGAAUAGACGUCACCUUGUGUGAGGAGGCUUUCUUCAGAUUUGCCGUCCCCACCAAGCUCACCCCCAACUGGCCGCAGGAUCUGGUGGACAGCUUGCCCGGCACCGCGGUGGACGCCGAAGACAUAGAGAGGAUCAGACGGGGCCAGGGCUCUCAGGAGCAGACAUUCCAGCUGCUGAAGUUGUGGAAGCUGGGAAACCAAGACCAGGACGUAGUCAAGAAGAUCGAGCAAGAUAUUGACCGUUGUGAAAACACCGUGCUGAAACACAUCGGACACCCCAAUCUCACCUUCGAUCAGCUCCUCGCCCUGAUGGAAAGCUUACCGGGGAAAAAAGUCACCAGGGAAGACAUUGAGAAAACUCUGACGUCCUGCAGUCCGGCCGAGCAGAUCCUCAAGUUACUCAGCCUCUGGAGAAUCAAAAACAAAGGUCAGGACACUCUGAAAGGCUUAAUGCACGGACUGAAGCACUUGAAGAGGUAUCACUUCCCGAAAGCGGUCAUCCAGAGCCUGAGGAAAACAGUCAAGUUUCUCCACAGCUUCACGAUGUACCGACUAUACCAAAAAUUGUUUUUGGAGUUGGUAAGGAGCCAGGUCCAAUCCGUCAAAAGAAGCUGCCUGUAGCCGUACACGAGGGUUUCGUUGCCACCCUUGGGGCGGGGAGGGGGAGAGAGGCAGAAGGGGGGCAAAUCCACCACCUAUAUAAGCUAGGCUCGGAUGGUUGAAUUAGGCACUUGGGGAGGAGCAGGCCGUUCGGGAUGGUUCCAUCUGGUCAUUAAUCUCUCACUGGGUAAAAACACGAGCACGUUUCAGAGUCCAACACACCCGAGAUGACUCCAUCUCUGGAAAGCGGCCAGAUGUCUCCUGACUGUGGUCUUCCUCAUUGCUACCAGCAGUAAUUCAACUGGAAUCAUAAUCAUCACCUUAGACUCUAAGCGUUUUUACUCCAACGUAGAGGAGUGGCUCUAGGCUGGGAGAGAUUCCAAUGGUUAGCAGUAGUCGUCACGGUAUUUAUUGAGCGUUCCCUCUGCCAGAAACACAGUGCUAAGCGCUGGGGUAGAUAGAAGAUAAUCAGAUUAGACGUCGUCUCCGACCCACAGAGGGCUCAGAAUCUAGGAUUAUUAGGGAUUAGAAGGCCAUUUUCAGUUAAAGCUACUAGAUUAUUGGGAACACUAAUGCUGUAUUUAUAUUCAUUCAGAUAGGUCUGUACAUAUUAAUAAACGUAAAUGGAAACUGUUAAGACUUAAUUGUAGAAAGAAAUUUAUAUUCUUGUUUGUUAUUUUGAACCAUGAAAGUGAUAAAUAUAUUUUAACGGGAACUGCCGUUUUUCCCCUCUAUGGAAUUUUUUUUUCCUUUAAUGUAAUUUUAUCUGAAUAAGCUGUAAUUUUUUUUAGGAAAUACAUCAUUAUCGAGUUUAUAAGGGGGAAAAUGUGUGAAGUAUAAAUGAUCUGAAUAUUAGAUGCUCUGAAAAAGUGAAUGUACCUUAUUUAAAAGGCUUUAUGCUCUUUAUCCCCCGACCCAUUAAAUUCUUCAACUUGUU